AUGGAUGCUACUAAGGAGGUGCCCGUUGCUGGCAAUGAGGGAGAUAAUGCUGCUACUGCUGCUGACAUUGAUCUCAACCUUGAGGACUUCGUGGUUGACAUGGAGAUCAAUGGAAGUGAAGCUGACCUUGAGGCUGAUGCUGAAAAUGAGGAUGAGGUUGGUUUUGAUGAGGGUGUUUCCAAUGAGACUGAGAACAUUGCUGUCAAGCUCCAGACUCAACUCACGGAGCAGAAUAUUCUCAUUGGAGUGCAACAGUGUCGUAUCCAGAACUUAGAGGCUGAUUCUGUUAAGCUUCAGGCCUUGAUUGAGAAGCUGACCAAGGAGGUGCAGUCGAUCCCUAAGGAGAACGACACCUCCAGCCUCAUCCAGGACCUGCACAACACUCUUCAGUUCGUGCAGGAUCAGCUCAAGAAGCAGGAGAAAAGCAUCUCUGUGCUUCAGACCCAGUACAGGGAGAUCCGGCGUGGAAACCUCUACCAGCCUGCUCCUGCAGCAGAGCGAGUCGCCAACGCCGCUAACAGCCGUGCUGCACCUGCUGAUGCACCUCCUGCUGUUCCUCCUCCUACUGGAGCACGUGCUGAGCCUCCUACUGCAGCAGCAACUGCCUUUGGCUCCUGCCCUUCGGCCCUGCCUCGUUUUGUCCAUGGCAAGACCGACGUCGAGACUUGGCUCUCCAUUGCGGAGGACUUUAUGUCCAUCCACAAUGUGCGUAGCGAGGCUCGCGUGGUCGCUGCAACCCUUGCCCUGGACGACACUGCGAGCAAGUUGGUGUAUGCCAACAAGCGCCACGCAGAGGCUAAUGGCCAUCCUUUUGGCUGGGAGGAGUUCAAAGCUGCCAUGCUGGCGACAUUCCUGAGUCAGCCCCCGGCGCUCGAGGUGCGUAGCCGCCUGGAGAACAUCCAGUGCGGUGACCAGCCUGUACGCGAGUAUGCCAAGGAGUUUGAGAAAACUCUGUCGCUGCUGAAGACUGCUCUUCCUGAGAGCGAGGUCAUCCACCAGUUCUUCAAGGGACUCACUGAGCACAUCAAGCGUGUGCAUGUUGUGCGCGGGGAGCACCAGUGGAGGACCUACAAGGAGUGCAAGGAGCAGGUCAUUGACACAGAUGGCCCUCAGGAUGAGGAUAAGCCCCCGGCGGGCUGCCGCAUCUGUGGCAAGCUCGGCCACAAGUCCUACCACUGCCGUUGGAGGAAGUCCGUCAAGAACUCCGGCAAGCCCAACCAGGGCAAGAAGCCGGAUGGUUCUGGCCCUUCAGGCCCGAAGGAUUUUCCGAAGUCCAACUAG